AUGUUUAAAUCCAAGAAUAAUAACAAUCAGAACGAAAAUAACGAAAACGAAAAAGACAACCAAAAUAAUAACUCCUUCAUUGCUAUCGGUUUAGCCGCGGGUUAUGCCCUUUAUAAAUUUGGUAUCCUCCAAAAAGUAUUGAAAGGCCGUAAAUCUAUCAAAGUUUUUCCGUCUCCUACUCCCAAGGUCAAAAAGGUUAAAAAUCCGGUCGCUUAUUACCAAUGCCUCCUCCACGAAAUCCAGGCAGGAUUGGCCGGUCGUCCGAUAACCGAAAUUUGUCGUAAUUGUAAAAUGAAUAGCGUAAAUUCAGCUCAGACCCACAAUCAACGGAUAAAUAAUUUGUUGAACGCCUAUCGGCAAAUUGGCGAGGCUUUGAGGACUUUACAAGAAAGUUUGCGGGAUUAUGUAAAAUUGCCUUUGGAAACCAAGGCCCGAGAAUUACAGGAACAAUUGACUAAAAAAGUUGGGGAAUUUCAAGCCCAACAACAAGAAUUACAAAAAGAAUUAAAAGAAAAAGUGAAAGAGGGAGUAAAACCCAGUGAUAUCAAGCGAUUAAAACGCUCGCGAUCGUUGGGUGAUAUUCCCGCGACCACCGAUCCGCAAUUAACCGCCUUAAAAGCCGAAAAUGAGGAAUUGAAAAAGAAAAUUAGCGAAUUAGAGAAACAGGAAAUUUUUGUGGAUGCUCCGGAAAAUAAUGCGGAAGAAUUAAAGACACAGAUUAGCGAGUUAGAAACGAAGUUGCUGGAAGCCCAAACGGAGUUGUCGGAGACCCAAAAGCAAUUGGACCAAGCCAAUGAAAGCCGUCUUAAUGCUCUCAAAGAUUUUGGUAAGCAGCAAGAACAAAUUAAGCAAUUAAAGCAAGAAUUAGCGUCUACGGUUGAAUAUGACUCCGACCAAAUUACUGAUUUAGAAAAAAAUAAUCGGGAGUUAAAAAAAGAAAAAAGUCUGUUAGCCGAGCAAUUGAAGUUGGCCACGCAAGAUCUAAACAAUUUUCAAAGAAUAAAUGAAUUGCGACUAGGGACCAAAGAAGUUGGGACAGACUGA